AUGGAAACGAUGGAGUCAGCGACACAUAUUCACGACCUUCCCAACGACGUCCUCGCUAGGAUACUAUGGCAUAGAGAGGAGUCAACACCUUGGAAGUCGGACAGUGACGCAUUAUGGUAUCGGCAUUCAUUGUACCAGAAGCCACUGUACCUUCGCUCGAUCGUUCUAGACGAAGAUCCAAUUCCUGAGGAAGAGUCGUAUCCAGUGUUGUCCCCCUCCGCGGGUCCAACCGCUACCAAGAUCUUCCUCGUGUCGUCGCAUCGGGAAUACGUCGGACCGAAGCAUAAGCACCCGAUCACCGAAGCCGGCCUGGAUCGCUUCUUCCAGCGAUGCACUCAGCUGGAGCAGCUUUCACUGCUCUGUCUCCAUCGAGACACUGAGCUACCCGCUUCCUUCUUCCACCUCACGCGUCUUCACACCCUGGCUGUACCAACCGCCUCCGCCUUAGAAGCUCUAGAUCUGGAGACCCUCGGCUCGCUCACCACUCUCCAUAUCGCCUCCCCGGAGUUGACCGAGGAGCAACUGGCCAACGUGCGUCGUCUUUCCAGCAUCACCAGCCUUUCACUCUCUCCCGCGACCUCGUUUUCUCCUGCCAGUGGUGACUCGGGCUCGGCUGCCCUCGCCAUCGCACAGCUACCGUUGAUAAAAUCGUUGGACAUCGGCAGAAUGGUGCUGUCGGAUUGGCCAUGCACGAGCCUGGAACGGCUGCGGAUAUCAGGCUGCGGGGAAUUGGAGCGGCUUCCGGACAGCAUUGCGGAGUUGCUGCCGCGUCUGCGUGAGCUGACCGUUUUCAGAUGCGAUGCCUUGGAGGAGCUGCCGGAAGGAUUCUGUUCUCUGGAGCACCUCGAGACCUUGUCAGUCAUCGAGUGCGGCGAAUUUCGCCGCGUGCCUGAAAGCAUUGGGAGGUUGGCUGCCCUGAAGACUCUGGUUCUUGAAGAGCUGCCCCUUUCGAGCCUCCCUGACUCCAUGUGCCAGCUCGGCUCUCUAGAGACCUUCUUCCUGCUAUCCUGCAAAUCAAUCCGCGAGCUGCCAGCAGAUUUCUGCUGCCUCACGGCUCUCACGACUCUCUGCCUGGGGUACGUGGCGCUUCCAGCGGACAUGGGACGCCUGAGUAACCUCCACACGCUGCUUGUGAGAGACAUCCUUGGACAUAAGCAUCUCCCAUGCUCGUUAUCCGAGGUCGCAUCGCUCACGAGGCUUGAGCUGCUCCUGUGCGGCGUGGAGGAGCUGCCAGAGGGCGUGGGUGAUCUCAGCAGCCUGCGCGAGCUGCACGUCUCAUGGUGCCCUCAGCUCACGGCUCUUCCAGCGUCCGUGACGGACCUGACUGCCCUGGAAGCUCUCUCUCUCGCUGACUGCGAAAAUCUGGCCUCGGUGCCCACAAGGCUGGACGGCCUGACGCGGCUCAAGCGGCUGGAGGUGGCCCGAUGUGACAGGCUGACACAGCCUCCUCUAGUCCUGCCGGCUUCGGUUGAAUGGCUUAGUUGGGGAAAUUACAGUCAAGCGAUGGCUCUGCCAGAGGUCUCCCGGCUGACGGGGCUUGGAACGCUCCGCCUGGACGUAGUUGCGGUGGCGUGUGGGGUCGCUGUGAGCAGGAGCCUGUCGCAUGUGGAGCAUUUACGGCUGUCAUUGGGAGGCAAUGCGGAGGAGCUUCCAUUCGCCUUGACGUUCCUCUCCCGCCUGCGCACGCUGAUCAUUGACUGCGCGUGGAGUCUCCAAAGGCUGCCGGCCGACAUCGGGUCCGCAGUGCCGCAGCUGCGGAAGCUGCUGCUGAUAAGUGCGUACAAGUUGAGGGAGCUGCCAGCGAGUGUGAGUGCGCUGCAGAACCUGACGUCCUUGGGGGUUUUUGACGCGCCCAACCUGGCUUCUCUUCCGCCUGCCAUUGGUGCCUUAUCUGGGCUGCGGGAGCUGCUGAUUGGAUCCUGCAAACAGCUUGAGCAGCUGCCCGCCUCGCUCACACAGCUUGCCCGCCUGAACCAGCUUACCAUUUCAAACUGCCCCAUUCGCUCCCUGUGUCCCACUGCUGCACAGUUCCAGCGGCUCAGAUCCCUCAGUUUGUCAGGCUGUGCGCAGCUGGAGGCAUUGCCGGGGGAUUUGGGUGAGCUGAAGGCACUUCGGAUGCUGGAUGUGUAUGACUGUAGGCUUGUGAAGGACAGUGUUGGGUCAGUGCUCCCCAGAAGCAUCAAUGAGGUGUACGGGCUGAGAAUAUGCAAGUAG